UCCAGCUCCUUGACAAACCUUCUUCCAUCACAAUACCUAUAUACGCCCUCCUUCAGGUAGAGGCAUAUCCCAUCUCUCAUUGGACACUGUUCCUUUGGUGGUACAUACUGUAGUGGUAGUCUCAGUAAAACGUUGGUGCCAGACCUCAAAUCAUCAGAAGUGGUUUCUGCUUGAUUGGGCUUCAUGUGGAGCUUUUGCUUUGCUUUCACAGAGAGGCGGGCCUUCCCUGUACAUGUGUAUUAUUUAGUCAGAGGUGCUGCUGGCAUCAUAUGAAAGCAGCAUUUGUGUUGGAGGCUGGUAAGGCUGGUGAGACUGGAGUUGGGGCAGAGCAGCUGUCUGUGUGUACUUUACAAGCUGCUUCUAUUUGUUCUGCAGACACAGAAAGGGUCAGGAGGGUGUCAGCUUUGUCUACUGUCCCCCAUCAUGACUGUGUGCGUGUGCGUGUGCGUGCGUGUGAGUGUGUGUGUGUGAUAGUGAGAGACCAGACCAAUGUGGACAGGUGGAGGAUUCUCACCAUAGAAUGUACCUGCUAUAAAUAUUAAUCUAAACAAUAACAUGGCAUUAUAUGUGUCAUGUAUUAGGGGUGUCACGAGACACGAGACGAGACGAGAUUUUAACAUUCCUUUUAAGAAAAGUACAAGGAAAAAUUCUAAAAAAUAUAUGUCAAUAUAUUGCAAUCUACUCAUUUAAAUUCGACGACAUUACACUCUUAUGCACUCUGUGUGUAUGCUAGUGGCCCCGCCUCCACCCACCGAGACAAUAAAAGGACUGUAUGACUGACAAAAGGACUUACUCCGUUCAUGCCAUUGUUCUAUGGAACAAACGCUCCAAGGUGCAGAGUGAACUCUCUUCAUGCCUAUUUGGAGGUGGGAGAUGAGGAAAACAGGCGUGCAUACACUUGGCAAUUUAUUGGGGUGGGCAGAAAUAUCAAGUUCGUUUUCAUUUAUUGUGUGAUUAACUAAUUUAUUUAUUAUCGUCCCAAGCCUAGUGCUCACGAGACAUUUUCUUCUGAGUCUCGUCACGUUUUAAUCUUGUGAGAUCUUGUGACACAUAAUCUUGUGACAACCCUAUUAUAUAUAUAUAUUACAUAUGAAUAAAAAUUGCAUGUGCAACAACAAAGUGCAUUAGUUACAAUUUUACAUAGGGUCAAAAAUAUAAUCAUUAAAAAUAAAAAAAAUUAAUACAUCACCAGCAAAAACUAAACUGUCAAGUAAUAUAUAUAAUAUAUAUAAUAAUAUAGCUCUGGUCACAAACUGAAAUGUAUAAAGUCAUAUUUAUUCAAAAUAUAACCAAAGGGAUAAGAAAUAAAAUAAAAAAUAAGAAUGGACUGGCACUGAAAAUCGUUUUACUUACGCAAACCAUGUGUCACUAACGUUGCAGCAAUGACCAAAUAAAAUUUCUUAUCAGGUUUAAUGAUGUGUUGGCACUAUAUAAUUUAGCCUGAUCCUAACGUACAUGUUGUUGCAUGUUUAGUCACAAAUGAUUUACAUAAUAACGCCAUGCAUUUUGAGAUCCUGCUCAAUAUACUUAAGAUAAGACAGUUUAUUCCCUUUUAAUACUUGAUUGCCAGAGCAAGAAAGAUAAUACACAGCUUACAGUUGGUUAUACAUUGAAGGUUAAGCAGUAAAUCAAAAAGCAUAUUCAAUAAUGAACUGAAAGGGAAUACUUUCAGCGCACAGUGUAAAGACAACCGACAGAAAAACACUGCAUGAUAUUAUUGGGUGCUAAUUAAAGCAGGCAACAAAGACGCCCGAUAAACAGCCGCAAUAAAAAUGGAAAGUGGAUGUGAGCAUAAAAGCUACGAUGGAAUAAAAGUGAAGCCAACAUUUAAUCACUGUCCAUCUGAUGCACUUCCAUUCUUCACAUCAGCAUGAAUAUCUGGUCCACCACCUGCAAACAAACAGUCUCAGAAUUGUGCAAACAUUACUGUGAUGAAAUAUUGUUUGUUUCAUAAAAUUCACACAUAUCCUAUUCGACAUCAGAAACAGGUAUUUUCAAUAUUUUAUUUUGUGAAAUAAAGUAAGUCAAGUCCGCAGUAUCCAGCAUAGCUGGUAACGCUUCUUUGUGCGUCUGGAUGUGAGGAAACAGCGGCCCCCACCGGCAGACGAAUGAACCGUCGAACGAACGCCCAGCUCCUGUGGUCAAUAAUUGCAAAGGACACAAUUGCACAGUGUGAUUUUAUACAGCUGGGUUACAAUGAAUCAUUUUUUUGCAACACUUGUCACCCCAUAAGUUGUAUUAGACAAGUAUUGCGUCGCAUGUAUGUCUUGAUAUUUUAGGAGGGUAGCCAGUGGAGAGAGAGAAGAGGAGUGAAAGAGAGAGAGAGAAAGAGAGAGAGAGAGAGAGAGAGAGAGCUCCAGAUGGUGUUUAAACGCAGACAGAAGGCUCCAGAGGGGACAGAGAGAGAGAGGCGGAGGAUGCGAGAGAGAGCCGCGGUUAGUGCGCACAGUGGGCUCACCAGCUCCAUUUAUCAGCGAGGACAAAACAAGUAGGAAAAGCCUGAUUUCAGCACCGAAGACACCUCAACAUGAGCGCACAUGUUUGACAAGUAAGGCUGCUGGCAAUAAAGCCUGACAGUCGGCGGGGGAGGAGGAGGAGAAGAACAAGAAGGAGCGCACUGACGUAUUUUUACUCAGUGUCAAUAAUUGCUUUUCUCAAACAAAAAAAAAGAAGGAAUUAUUUCCAUCGGACUUGGUUGGACUUUCCCCCCUUGCAAGCUGAGACUGAACUCAAGAAGACGGUUUUAAAGUCACAGGAGGAUCCAGACGCACCCUCCGGACUCAAGGAUCCGCAUCUUAGUAUUUGCUGUUUUUGCAUGGGACUCACCAGGAUUUAAGGACUCAAAUAGAGUAGAGGGUUUUUUGGCUGCAUUUAAAAGAAGCCGAAACUGCAAUUUUGUACAAUAUUUAUCAUGACUAAGGGAGUGGAUUUACAUGGACGGGGCGAGUUGUGAUAGUUCCCAUCUCACAAAACCAAAGACAUCAUUACGUUUGACUCGUUUUCGGCAUGAUCAAGCAAAUAAAUACCUCAUAAGUGAUUCAAGCUGGAAACUCACAAGCCCAUUUGAGCGGCCAAAGGAAAGUUGAACAUAAUUCUUUAUGUUUGAUGGUGGCGGUUUGUGCCUCUCCUCCCUGACAGUAUUUCAUCAAAAAGGGAAACUGUUUCCAUACCAUUUAGCUUUAUGCUUUCUCCCUCCAAAUAAUGAGGAUUGAGGCGAUACAGAAGCUGUUGUAGAAACUGUGGAUUAUCACCUCGUCACUUACCUCAGCUUGACCUCGUCCUUCACAGAGUAGCAGAGUGCAGAAGGUUGGAACAAUGCCAGAUUCACCUGCGGAUGUGAAAACCCAGCCCAGAUCCACCCCACCCACCAUGCCUCCUCCGCCCCCGGCUGUCAGCCAAGCAACCAGUCGUAAUGCUUCGUUCACCCCCACCACCAGUAAAUCAAUGCUAAACGGGAGCAGCCACUCUCCCACGUCGCUGAACGGCGCCCCAUCCACUCCAAACGGCUUCAGUAACGGGCCGGCCAUGUCGUCAACAUCCUCGCUGUCCAACCAACAGCUCCCGCCAGCCUGUGGCGCCCGCCAGCUCUGCAAACUGAAGCGCUUUCUUACCACGUUGCAGCAGUUUGGUAACGACAUCUCGCCUGAGAUUGGAGAGCGAGUGCGGAGCCUCGUGCUUGGGCUGGUGAACUCUACACUCACCAUUGAAGAGUUUCAUUCCAAACUUCACGAAGCCACCAACUUCCCUCUGAGGCCUUUCGUCAUUCCCUUCCUGAAGGCAAACUUGCCCUUGCUGCAGAGGGAGUUGCUGCACUGUGCCAGGCUGGCCAAGCAGACGCCAGCACAAUACCUGGCCCAACACGAGCAGCUUCUCCUGGACGCCAACGCCAGCUCACCCCUCGAUUCUUCUGAGAUUAUGAUGGAGAUGAAUGAACAUGGCAAGAGAAGGACCCCUGAUAGGACCAAAGACUCCUCAGAGAGAGAUGGCUUGCACCCUGAGCACCUGGCAAAAAGGCCUUGCACCAUAAGCCCCAGCCAGCGCUUCAGUCCCAGCACGGGCCUCUCUGCACACCCGCCUCCCAAUGGCCUCUCCACACACCCUCCCAAUGGCCUGCCCCACCCACCAAACCAUCAAAUGGCUCCUCAGCACUACCGCUUGGAGGACAUGGCACUGGCACACCAAUACAGAGACGCUUACAGACAUAAUGAACACCGAGAUGGCCGAGACAGACACCGACAGACAGCAGUGCAUGGAGCCCGCCAAGAGGAAGUGAUCGACCACCGUCUAACAGAUCGAGAGUGGGCAGAAGAAUGGAAGCACCUUGAUAAUCUCCUGAACUGUAUCAUGGACAUGGUGGAGAAGACGCGCCGCUCUCUGACUGUGCUGCGGCGCUGCCAGGAGGCCGAUCGAGAGGAGAUGAACCAUUGGAUACGACGCUACAGCGACGUUGAGGAGAUGAAAAAAGGUGGGAGCAACGGACAGCACUGCCUUCCUCCUCCUCUUCCUCCUACUCCUCACCACAACUCCUCCUCCAACACAGCUAGCAGCAGUGAGACUCUGUCCAAAGGAGCUUCUUCUGCUGCUGAAAGGCAGACAGGCAGACAGACAGAGAUCCACAGAGACUUCUUACAUAGACCUCCAUCGGGAUACCUGCCAGAAGAAAUCUGGAGAAAAGCUGGUACUACAAGCAUCCCGCUCUCCCCAGCACUAAAGCACCUACAAAACAAGCAGGAAGAAGCCGUGAAUGAAGUGAAGCGACAGGCGAUGUCGGAGCUACAGAAGGCGGUGUCAGAUGCUGAGAGGAAAGCUCAUGAGAUGAUUUCAGCAGAACGCUCGAAAAUGGAGAGGGCGCUGGCUGAGGCCAAGAGACAAGCCUCUGAGGAUGCAUUAACUGUCAUCAACCAACAGGAGGACUCCAGUGAAAGCUGCUGGAACUGUGGGAGAAAAGCCAGCGAAACGUGCAGCGGGUGCAACACAGCUCGCUACUGCGGCUCAUUCUGCCAACACAAAGACUGGGAGAGGCACCACCAUGUCUGUGGUCAAGGCCUGCAGGGGAUGCCAGGGGGCAGCAGCGUCCCUCUUGGCACUCCCUCCUCAUCCUCGGCGUUGUCCAGCGCACCCCCCACCCACUCAGAGAGUACCCCCCCGGGUCCGCUGUCGCUGGCGGGCCAGAGCGGUAUUGCAGGCGGGGCGGGCAGUGGUAGUGGGAGCAUGUCGGCCAGCCCCAAGGAGAGCAGUUCAAGCAGUGCCUCGCGCUCCACCACUCCAGCCACACCCGCCCUACUGGAUGCCACAUCUCGCUGACGUCUGACCCCUGACCCGUACCUGCGCUCUGAUGUGACAGUGGCCACCAUCCACACAAAACCAAACUUCACUGCACAUUGACCCCUUUCCUCCUCCUACAUUGCAGUUCUUGUUCAGUUCCACUUCAGUCGUUUUCUAACCAUCAGAUUAAAAAAAAAAAAACUGGUUACCCUCCCCCCAAAAUAUAUCUCUAUGUCUUUCUCAACAAUACACACAGUGGCAUUCAGUGUAGUGUAAAUGUUGAAAAGCACAGCGAUAAGUGACAGAAACAUAUCAACGUGUUUGCUGAGAACUUACUUGCAGACUUGACUAAGAUGAAGCACGGUCAAUUAAGAUAAGAGCUGUGGUAAGGGAGAAGACAAGACCAAUUAGCACUUCAAUUUCCUUUUAAUUUAGCACCAAUGAUAACAGUAGCCAGCCCUGUUAUGUGCACUAUCACCCUGGUUUUUCUCCAGUGUCCAAAUGCUAACGAGCAAAGGAUAAUUAACUUUUCGUUGAAAUAGGAUGAGCAAAGGGGAAAAAUUUACUCCUCGGAAACGCAACUUAGUAUUUAUUAAACAUUUCUUUUUGGCUUUAAGGGAAAACAAAGACAAGUCCAAAUAUUCUAAAUAAGAGACAACAAUGUGAUGAUUCUGAUGUCGUGAAAUGAAGUUUUAAACUGCUAACUACCUUGCUAGCGAGCCAAGAAAAAUCUACGCCGGACUCACCUCUCUGAACCAUUGUGAACCCAAAUGAAUUUAAAGAUGAAAAAAACAACACGAUCCAAACCUUUGUAUUACACUGCCAAAGUGAGUAAGCGAUAAAGAGAAGCACUCAUAACCAAACGCAAAGCAACAUCACCUCCUCAGCAGAUAAGGCAGGCCGAGAGAGAGAGAGCCAGGCUCUGAUGUGCAGCCGCCUUCUGCACUGCGGACGAGACUUCAGCAAUCCUUCAGUGAUGGCCCAGACUAGUGAACACAUGGACAAUGCUGUGAAGGACUUGGUGAAAUGGACCGAGGCCUCACCAAAAUGAGAUUUGUGUGAGAGUGGGAAUGGAAAAGCUACACAGACUCAACAGAGACAAAGUUACACACACAUUUUAAUGUAGCUACCAAAUCCUCAAACUUUGUUGGAGCAAUCGCAUACAUCAGAAACACAUGAGAGCGUUGGGUUUUUUUUUUAAAGCUCUAAUGGUUAGGUGAUAUUUACCUUUACAUUCACACACAUUUUCCAAAGCACGAUGAACAGAUGAUGGAGCCAAGAGAAGGGCGGUGCAGACUCUCCUCUCUUUCUACCUCCCUUCGCCCCACACCCUCCUUCUACGCUCUGGCUCGACUACUUGACUCUCGUCCGUCCCUCCCCCAGCUCCCAGCCUGCUUUCGGACAAAACAUCAGAGCAGGACAGCGCGGAAAAGGGAUCUAACCUGCUUGUAGAUAUUGCUCCUCUUUUCUUUUUUCAAUAAUGUCUAUUGUCGCUGAUGUCCACAUGUGCUGCCCUUGUGUAUAUCCACAAACUGAAUUGUUUUUUGUUACCAUUCAUUUUCCCCAUUGUCAUUUGGGCUUAGCAGUGGUGUCCGAGCAAGGACGCUUGUCUACGACUGAAAGCCCCGCAUUGUACUCAUUGUUUGAUUUGUUGUAUCUGUAUUGAUGAGAUGAAACCCCUCUUGUAGAAUAUUUUGUAUUGCUCGCAUUGUAAGACAGUGAGAGGACGGAGGUGCAAUAUGAAGAGAAUUCAGCUACUGAAUGGAACCUCAGCAACUGCCCAUAGGGUGUCAUAUAAUAUAGAUACAUAUAAAUAUAUUUAAAGUAACAUCAGUAACUUAAUGUGAAUGUACAUAGUAUUUAAAGAGGUCCAAAAAAUGUGUUUGCCAAAUAACAGAAACCUUUAAACUUUAAUGUCCAGAAUAUGAUUUUCUCACAGUUCAUUUGUUUCUCCAAUUGCUCUUUUUUGUUAAGGCAAUUCAAACACUUUUCAUUUACAUUAAAUCCAAGAGUCACGUGACACUCUGUUGAGUAGAUAGUACAUUCAAACAGAUCAAGGAUGCAUGAACUGCAUGACUUCCAGGACUAACUGAAUUAGGCUUUAACAAAUGAAUAUUUUCAGUAUAACGCACUUCCUUCACACCUGUUCUGGUCAAUCUUGCAUCGGAGGGGACUCAAUUCAUAUAGUUCAAACCAAAUUUAGGUCUAAUUGAGACCUAAAAAAAAAAAAAAACAUUACGGCUCAUUUAGCAAAGUUCCUCUGUGUAAUUUUCUCUUCAUCACUGUUUAGGUAUGUUUGGUUCCUCUAGCUGCAGGAUCAUCUUUCAUGGUGGGAUUGAACAAUUAGCCAGUAUUAAGCUAAGGUAAGGCCAACAUCAGAGUUUCAUUUGACUCUCAUGCGUUUUAGAUAAUUAUCUUGCCUUUACUGAUUUUUUGCUAAGAUAAAAAUGGGUCAGCCCUGAGGGUCGCUUAUUGCCUUGUUCCGUGCAGCAUUCCCUUGGCUGAUUAGCAGCCUUGGGUUUUCCUGAGUGGAAAAAGGGCCAUGUGGCCACGUUCAAGUAAAUUUUGUCUCCUAAACACCUGAGCCAAACCCACAGUGAGUUACAUUAUAGGACUUCAAGCUAUCAACAGAUGGCUGUAGUGAAACGUUAUAUCUGAGGCAUACAACGCAAAUAAGCUGCCCUGCAUCUCUGUGUAACAUUUUUGUAUUGGUGACAAAAGAGCCUCCGUGAUGUGGUGUUGACUUUUUACUACACUAAACCACUCUUCGAUCGCUACCUCCUGAGACCAUACAGCUAAUCACCAGGAGAGCUUGACCUGGACUUUGAAAAGAUGGGCUGCAGAGCAGACAUGGAAGUGCACAUCCACACCUUCUUUGGCUAUUGAAAGGCCUUGCCAUUAUACUUGAUUCCAUCAGAUGUCUCACAAACAGUCAAACAUAUCACUGAACACAACAUUGACGACAACACGCCAUUUGUUAUCCAAAACCAAUAAAAGCGCAGACCAAAGUACUCCUGCAUUGCCAUAAGCGGCUUUGACCUGAUGUGAUGACGAACCAGAUAGGAUAAAGUUAGAGCUUCACUCCAGUUAACCAAAGUGAACUGAUAUACAAACAGUCAGAAAAGAAGAGCCAGCUGAGUUUUAAGCGUGCACAACCCAUUCAAGAGCAACCAAAAUGCGAGUUGUGCACAUUCUAAAUAGAAGAAGCAUCUCCUUUGCAAAGCCUUCUGGUUGUGUAUUCUCGCAGUUACAAAGCCAUGCAGAGAUAAAAUGAAUGCAUGAUGUUUUUCCCGUGUGAGUGGAGGAGUGUGUUUUUGUAAAAUGCUUAGUUUUUUCCACGUCGCUGUACUUGAAAUCCUCCGAGCUUUAAUGAAACAUCCCAGGCAGAUGACUGACAGAGAUUCACAAUGUGUAGCAACAGCUUUCUGGUUUAAAAUGCUGUGUUUGUGAACAAUAUCUUCAUCAAAACAACAAUAUGAUGGCAGCUCUUUUCAAGCUUUGUUAGCUGUGCACCCUUGUCUGCAUGCGUGGAAGCCCUCAAAGAAACAAAACCAAACCCAACAGACCACAUAUACAUGACCAAAAUACAACCAAAAGCUAUUUCACUUCAAUUCUACCUGAGGUAAUGUUUUAGUUCAAGCAUUAAUAGAGAGUUUGGGAAUUUGCCGUGGGGUGUGAAGCUAGAUUCACACAAAAAUGGCAGACCUGAAGUCUAACUGUACUUUUUUGUGUCCAUGCUUACGUCAGGAGAUUUGUAUUGCAAUGUCAUAUACUUUUCUCUGCACUCUGUGAAGAUAGAUGGGCUCUGCUUUUGUGAAAUACCAUCCUAGGCUCUCCACUUGACAUCAGUCACUAUUCAACUAUGUACUUGACAAAAAGCAUGUUUAGGAAAGAUGCAUUUUAGCAGGUUGCCAUUUGUAGCAUCCUAUACCCCAAACCGUAUCUUUACCAAUGACAUUUCAAGGCUCAUCCAAAGUGAUGAUGCAUCCUUCCUGUGACACAGGCGCUGAUGAAUAGCGAGAGUCGCAAGCGGAUACCGCACUUGCGUACCCAAAAAAAGCCGUGGCUCAGGAUGGUACUCUUUUUACCUUUACAUAAACUGAAAACAAGGGUGUGUUUUUGUUUUUUUUUUCUUCUUGUGUAGGGAAGCAUUCUAUACUGUAUUGUGCAAUACAUUAUGACAGAGAAAACAUGUUUCUGUAGGGAAGGUUGACUGAAAAUCUGAAAAUCUUUCUUUUAUUUCUCUCUCUUCAAAAGUUCCUGUUGCCGUUUUUUAGAUGAAGUAAACUGUGCCAGAGGAAUUAAAUUCUGAUUUGUAUUUAUUUCUUGCAUGCUUUCCUUCCUGUUGCUAAUACCGCUCUUUAACUGUUCGCUCUGUUGGAUGUGUGAAGCUGUAAAACAUUCUAAUUCAGGUUAUUGUCUGUGUUGAACAAUGUA